AGAGGGGAUAGGUAUGGGGAAAACCCUUGCUGACAAAAAAUUUUGUGUGUGGCACUAACCUCUACCUAAUACCCUGGGAUUAAGUUAUAACGUGUUAUGUUGUUGUAUCAUGUAUCCUCAUCAUAUUAUCAGAUGUUAAUGUAAGCUGCUCAUGUCCAUCAUGAUUUUCUAGCCAUUCAAGGGGCAAUUCUGGCUCUUGUCAGUGCUUGCCCUAAUGUGAAAUCCCUUGAUAUUCUCCCUAAUGAUAUAUCAGAAAUCUGUCUGGUAUGAAUGACCAAGGAGGUUAAAAAACACAUGACUAAAUAGGCCAAAACGAGUGAGACAUUCCUCUUGUGGUUGUGGUGACCUGAGACUGUCAGAACCAGGCCAGCAUAGUAACAUGAACUGUGUCCGGCCACUGCCAUUCAGAUCAAGGGCAAAGUGUCACACCGUGGGCCUGUUUUAGAAGCUUCUAUCCAAGCAGAGGUAACUAAUGCUCCGGCAUGUUUUAGACUUCCUUUUAGGUAUUUUACCAGGGUCUCUCUUUUGCCAGGUUUUCUUUUUGUCCACCAGCCAAACUGAAAACCUGACAAAAUAGACGACCUAAUGAAAUGGCUAGUAACAAAAAGACAUCCAAAAUAAGCUGGAGCCUAACUUCUGCUUGGAGAGCACUAAGGGCUACAAAUACACCUAGAAUUUGAAAUAUGCAGACAGGAAGCAUGUUGACUAUGUAGUGCUCCGGGUAACACGUUGGUGAAAGGGAAAUUGCUUUCACUGUUUGGAAUAUCAACAUGCUUCACCAUGUCCUUGCCAAAACGUCUGGUUGAGCAGCUCAUCAAAAAAUCUCCAAAAGAGGAGCAAAAUGCAGAGUCAGCAUCUCCAUUCCCAAAGGUCAUCGAUCUGAAUGUCGGCGGUGUCCAUUUCACCACUUCCCUCUCCACUCUUCGCAAGUACGAGGACUCCAUGUUGGCAGCCAUGUUCAGCGGACGUCACAACGUUGUCAAAGACGCCUCAGGCUGUUACUUCAUUGACAGUGAUGGCACCUACUUUGGCCACAUUCUGAACUUCCUGAGACGGGGUCAACUUCCCCCUUUGGACGUCUGUAAGCAGUUGUACCUCGAGGCUCAGUAUUUUGGCAUUGAACCGCUUGCGAGUAAACUACGGGAGACACCGCCAAUCAUAGGGGAAAGUCGCCGGCAGCAUUUCCUAGGACAAUUUCCAAACUACUUCCAAACCAUGGAAACACUCAUCCGACUUGCCACCGAGGCAGAUUAUCCCCUUAAAUCUUCAACAGUUUUGAUCUGCUUGUACAGAAAGGAGCUCAUUGGUUAUUCAAGGCCACACAAACAAGCUAGGUAUUUAAAGAUGUCAUCUGAAGACUUGGAGAAAGGAAGAAAGUUGUUUAAUGUGGACAUUCAUGUUGCAACGCACGACUGUAAGGAAGGACAUGCCGGGUUGAGUCUUGGACCAUGGGAUGUUGAAGUUGAGGAAAAAGAUGUGUUUAAAGUUAUGCUUCAAGACUUGAGGAAAAGAGGAUACUCAGUGAGAGAGAGUAAUGAGGCAAGGCUGGAAGUGGGGAAAUGCCAGUGGUCACACGAGUUUGGUCAGAUGGCAAAAGUGUCAUGUGGGAAGCACCUUUAUGGAGUGGUUUUUGAAUGGUGGUGAGAAGCUUAAAAUCUGAGAUGCAAGACAUUUCCACGUUGAAUACAAUUGUAUGUAUUUGUAUUUUGUAACAUGGCGUCAU